AGCUCCGCAGAUCGUCAGCGAGUGUAGGCUGCUGCCCCUCAGUAACCAAGCCGAACAAAUUAUAAAUUUCUAUCAGAUAUCAGAUUUUAUUCAGAGUUCUAAAUACUAACGGCAAAUCCCCCAUAUUCAGUCGAGUGAUUGCUCCGUCCCGCGCGUCUGUGUCUAUUUGCCUUGAAUCAAAAGUGAACGAAUUUCUCGUGUGUGUCGUAUUGAAAAAGGACUUGUACUCCACCUCAUUUCUCGCACAUUUUAUUCGUUCUUCACAUCGUUUGGGGCAACGCCACAGUAGCCAAAGUGAAUUAUCUAAAGCAAUACAUCGACGAUAUCCGCAGGAUAAUUGAGGAGAAAAUGUCGCUCAAUCCGAACGGGUAUAAACUGUCCGAAAGGACGGGCAAACUGACGGCAUAUGAUCUCUUGCCCACCACAGUGUCCGCCGGACCGGAGACACAGGAGUUUCUGCUGAAGGUGGUCGAUGUGCUGUUGGAUUUCGUAAAGGCCACCAAUGAUCGGAAUGAGAAGGUACUGGAUUUUCAUCAUCCAGAGGACAUGAAGCGUUUGCUGGACCUGGAGGUGCCCGAUCGUGCCCUACCGCUGCAGCAGCUGAUCGAGGACUGUGCCACCACACUGAAGUAUCAAGUGAAGACGGGACAUCCACACUUCUUCAAUCAGCUGUCCAAUGGACUCGAUCUGAUCUCCAUGGCUGGCGAGUGGCUGACGGCCACGGCCAACACGAAUAUGUUCACAUACGAGAUCGCACCGGUGUUCAUUCUCAUGGAGACCGUGGUGCUGACGAAGAUGCGCGAGAUUAUUGGUUGGUCCGGCGGCGACUCAAUACUGGCGCCCGGUGGCUCCAUUUCGAAUCUGUACGCCUUCCUGGCAGCCCGGCACAAGAUGUUUCCCAACUACAAGGAGCACGGCUCCCGUGGAUUGCCUGGCAAUCUGGCGAUGUUCACCUCGGACCAGUGCCACUACUCGAUCAAGUCAUGCGCUGCCGUCUGCGGCCUGGGCACCGACCACUGCAUUGUGGUGCCCUCGGAUGAGCACGGCAAGAUGAUCACCUCGGAGCUGGAGCGUUUGAUACUGGAGCGCAAGGCCAAGGGCGAUAUUCCGUUCUUUGUGAAUGCCACCGCUGGCACCACUGUCCUUGGGGCAUUCGAUGAUAUCAAUACCAUUGCGGACAUUUGCCAGAAGUACAACUGCUGGAUGCACAUCGAUGCUGCUUGGGGCGGCGGUCUGUUGAUGUCGCGCAAGCAUCGUCAUCCUCGAUUCUCUGGCGUUGAGCGCGCUGAUUCGGUCACCUGGAAUCCACACAAACUGAUGGGAGCCCUCCUGCAGUGCUCGACCAUUCAUUUCAAGGAGGAUGGCCUCCUCAUCAGCUGCAACCAGAUGUCGGCGGAGUAUCUUUUCAUGACCGACAAGCAGUACGACAUUAGCUACGACACCGGCGACAAAGUGAUCCAGUGCGGACGCCACAACGACAUCUUCAAGCUGUGGCUGCAGUGGCGCGCCAAGGGCACCGAGGGCUUCGAACAGCAGCAGGAUCGCUUAAUGGAAUUAGUCCAAUACCAGCUGAAGCGCAUACGCGCCCAGUCCGAUCGCUUCCAUCUGAUUCUGGAGCCAGAGUGUGUCAAUGUUUCGUUCUGGUAUGUGCCCAAGCGGCUGCGAGGAGUGCCACACGAUGCCAGAAAGGAGACAGAGUUGGGCAAGAUCUGUCCCAUCAUCAAAGGACGCAUGAUGCAAAAGGGCACUCUGAUGGUCGGCUAUCAGCCAGACGAUCGACGACCCAAUUUCUUCCGUUCGAUCAUCUCAUCGGCCGCCGUCACAGAGGCGGAUGUGGACUUUAUGCUGGAUGAGAUCCAUCGUUUGGGCGAUGAUUUGUAAGCGGUUCUCGGGAAUGGAAUUAUCAAAUGGUAGUUCGUACAACAAAGCAUAUCAGGAGACCGCAAAAUAUGAGUCAAGAAUCAAGAAUGAAGAUCAUCAGAGUUCAAUGUUGAAUGUAAAUUUGUUUGUAUCUAUAAAGUGUUUGCUAGAUGUUCCUUUUCCGAUUCUUCAUUCCGUUAUCUGUUAUACGUUAACCGUUAUCCCAGUGUGUGUUGGCCCAGUGUUGGUAAACUUCAUAUAAUCGAAGCCUGUAAUAGCGAGACGCGACGAGAGUGUGUUUUGUUUGGGAUAAAACUAUAUCUAAAAAACGAUCAAAGAAAAAAUAUAAGUAUAUUGAAUAUUUGAAUAUCUAUAUGUACCACAACCACCACAACACGCACCACCAGAACACGUAACACGGUACCCAUAUAAACCCACACAAUACCGUUAAAAAAUUAUAUGCAUAUAUAUAUUUACUGUUGGAAAGAAAAUACUGUUGAAUGGUUAAACGAACGCUAUCUUAACAUAUCAGGAAGAUGAAGUUGACGAAGGAGAAGGAUUCAGUUCCGUUUGAUUUGAUUUGUUACGUUAAUCGUUUGAUCUAUUUUGCGGAGAGAAAUGUUACCUAUUAUACUCUAUACCCUAUACUCGUAUAGAGACACGUUGAUCUAUGGCCAUGCGUACCUUUAUAGAGAGACCUGUGCUUGUUACUUAAGAAAAAGAAGAAUAAACCAAAAGAGGAUCUGGGGAUAUGCAACCACAUCCUUAGAUCGUAUCUAGUCCAAUUAUUGAACUGUGCUAUAUACUCGUCUAGAGAAUUAAAUACGUAUAAACGAAUUAGUUGUGUUUAGUUUGCUAUAACCACACAACAAAAA